UGUAUCCAUCUUAGUCUGGAUCACGUUUGACAGACAUGCUCGCAAUCUGUCUCCUAAAUGGUCUAGGCUAAACUGUCUUGAUCGGAGUGCAAAGACAUAUUUGAGCUCCCCCCACAUUGCCUCAAGUGAUGGAGUGGAGAUCAUCACAACACAUAACAAGGUACACGAGGGCUACACGGAACACCUGACCAUCAACUGUUCCUUCACACACCAGCAGGGCUCGGACUUCUACUCAAUAGUGUCCCUUAUUUUGUACAAGACAGACUCUCCAACAGAUACUGUUUACAGGGAAGUCGCUUCCAUUACGGCGUUUUCUCACAACAAAGUGGAAGAAACCAACACUAUGGGCUCCACUGUCACAGGGCACCACAAGCCAGACGCUUACUCCUUCAUCGCCUUAGAGUGGCUAUACCCCACUAAAAAUGUGGUCGGCAAGUACAAGUGUGAGGCUAACGGCAUUGACCACAAGGGUCACCCAAUGACCAGCACAGCCAUCACAGUGGUCGUGCAGACGGCAGUCAGCACUGAUAUGCUCCUUGAAACAAUCAAAGAAAUGAACAUCAAGGUGGAAGACAUGGAAAUCAAGCUCAAUAAAUACGUAGGGCUGGAGAAUAAGGUGACACACUUGGAAGCCACACUGAAUGGACUGAAGUCCCAAGUAGACAACUCCAAAGACGCCAUCACACUAGCGUCGGCCAACUACAAAGGUAGUUACUACUUUGUCACCGAACAACGAUAUGGAAACGCCUGGGAAGCUAAUCGCCUCUGUCAGUUGUAUGGAGGAUAUCUUGUGGAGAUCAACGACCGACAAGAGUUCGACUUCGUUACUGAUUUUCUGUACAAUCACACUUCUUCUCUCGGGGGGCUUGGAGGCGCUUGGGUCGGGGCCACAGACGAAGGUCAUGAGGGGACAUGGAGGUUCAUGACCUCUGGUGGUAAAGUGUCUACCUUAGUCUGGCACGGUCCUGAGCCUAGCGGGGGUGGGGGAGAAAACUGUAUGAAUAUGAGGAUACGUUCGAAGGAUAUGAAUGAUUAUCCUUGCUUCAAGGCCGACGCAGAGCAUUUCCCAGCUAUUGUGUGCGAAAUUCCACACAGUAAUAUCUAAAUAAAGACUUGCUAUACCAAAACA